AUGAGCGGGUUGAUUAAAACUAUUAAUCGUGUCGGAGCAUUAAGACCCGUGAGACUACAUAGAUUAGGAAUUGUCGACUACGAGACGGUGUGGAAUUGGCAGAAAACGGUGCAGAAGAGCCGUUUCCGCACAAAUCUGUGCGAUGAAUUGAUCCUAGUUCAACAUCCUCCAGUGUACACGCUCGGAAGAGGUGGAGAUGAGUCUAACAUAUUGUUUGAUCAAAAUGACAAGCAGCAUAAACUUUUCAAGAUCGAAAGAGGCGGAGAAGUAACGCAUCAUGCUCCAGGGCAGCUCGUCGCCUACCCUAUUCUCAAUUUGAAUUAUUAUGUAAAAGACUUGCACGCUUAUUUGCGCCUACUAGAGCAGUCGAUUAUUGACAGUCUUGCCGAGUUUGACAUUCAUGGGGAGCGCAUCGAGGGCAAGACUGGAGUGUACGUGAAUGGGGACAAGAUCGCGUCCAUCGGGAUCCAUGUAGCUCGUUGGAUCACGAUGCAUGGAAUUGCGGUGAAUGUGGAGAAUGAUCUUUCUCUCUUCGAUUGUAUCAUUCCCUGUGGCUUAAAGGGGAUCAAAAUGUGCAGCGUUCAGUCAUUCAACCCGCGCGUUACGCUCGCGGAAUACACGGAGUGUUAUCUGGAAAAGUUUAAGUCGCACUUUAAAGUGGAUUUCUUUGAGGGAUCCUCCAUUUCGCCGUUGGAUUCGGAGCAAGCGGAAGCGCCUUCGUGGGUAAAAGAGUAUUAUGAGCAUCUCUGA